AUGGCCCCGAAACAACCAUGUGCAAAAUAUCAAUAUGUUGUCACCUCUAGUGGUCCAAAAAUCCUGCCAGUCGACGAACCGUCUUGCAAGGACGAGGAGAGCCCAGCAGAAUAUAACGCCGGCGGUUAUCUUCCAGUCAAAGUCGGCGAUUACUUUAACAAUAAUCGCUAUCGUGUAGUUCGCAAGCUUGGGUGGGGCCAUUUCUCGACCGUCUGGCUUGUCAAAGACUCGCAAACUGCCCGGCACUCUGCUCUCAAGGUCGUUAAAUCUGCUGGUCGGUACGCCGAGACAGCCCGAGACGAGAUUAAACUGUUGUCUCGUGUUUCGGCUUUUUCUCCAUCUCAUCCUGGAAGGCAACAUAUCGUCUCUUUUCUCGACUCUUUCUCACACCAAGGUCCUGAGGCUUCUCAUGUCUGCAUUGUGUUUGAACCGCUGGGCGAAAACUUGCUCGCACUGAUAGAGAGGAAUAAGAAGAAAGGUGUUCCCCGCGCCCUUGUGAAGGUUAUUGCAAGGCAAAUUCUUCUUGGGCUGGAAUAUCUUCACGAUGAAUGCGACCUCGUCCAUACGGACAUUAAGCCAGAGAAUAUAUUAAUUUCUAUUCCAGACAUUGAGGCCCACAUCCACAACGAACUUUCGCAAUCGCCUUCUCCAACAUCACGUCGCGUCGGGAUUCCUCUUCCUGUGAAAAGUAGAGCCGGCGUCUCAAUACCAUAUAGUCAGCAACGCACUCGAAGGCAAGUCCAAAUUUUCGAUUCACAGCCUUUGGCAAGUCCAGGGCGAAGUGGAAGCGCAAAUGGGCAUGCAAGCCUUAGCAUGAAUGCGCGCCUGGAUAACACUAGCGGAAGUGUUAGUCUUAAUGGGAGCUACAUUGCUCAGAUUCACAUGUCAAGAAAUGGGUCUGGUCAUCCAGGCCAUUCCAGUAGUCCUGCGAUAAACUUCAGCUCCAGUGCCCCGAAGAUUCCAAGCGGCCUGUCGGCGUCGGCACCCAGAAAUGAAGCCUCUCUCAAAGAGAAAACUGCUCAAAUAUACGCUGCCAAAGGGAUCACGGCAGUGCCAUCUCGGGUUAUCAAUUCCCCUUCGACUUCAUCUUCUUCGUCCUCGAUUUCAUCUGCUUUGGGCUCCACUACGGCAGGCUCAAGUAGCCUUGUCAGUACUCCUCCAACCUCCCUCUCCCACUCCCUGGGAAACGCCGUCAUGGAGUUUGUGGGUACAGGUACCUUUGAGACGGAAUUAAGAACCAGGCCUAGGGUUUCGUCUCAUGACAAAAAGGGUUCCGGGGACGAGAAAGAAGGUUUCGUCAUUGAUUCAAAGAAGCUGACGGAGAAAACGAAUUUGGAAACUCAAAUCAGUUCUGCCAUCUCUUCAUCCUGGAAGCCUACGGACUCAUGGAAGGACCAAGCCUCAUCCUCUGUACAAUCAUCCAAGUCAACUUCAAGUUUCAGCCAGAUAAACAAACAGCGCAGUGUUGGACAUACCCACACACGCUCUCAUUCUGGUAUAUCCAGCGCUUCAUUUUGGAAAGACCUAGGUACAGCAGCCCCAGCCCCUGCUAUCCUUGUUUCCGCAGUCGUUGCUGCCGACGGGCGCCAGGAUGACUUUUCCAAGCAAUCUACCGUUGAGUCUGCUGACACCACUUCAGGAAAGUCCUCAACCACAGCUACCACCGUUCGACCCUCUCCGAUUGGCACUCCUCUUCCCAUCACUAAGAAGUCAGUGUCCCUAGCUAGCAGUGUUACCAAAUUGAUUAGCGACACAUCAAACCUGCUUUUGAGCGGGACACCUCCUAAAGAUUUUACGAUCCGUAAUGACCUUUCCAGUCAUCAUCCUUUAUCUCUUCUCACUCAAUCUGCCCCUUAUCGACAAUCCCCUACGACUUCGCCCUCGAAACGCUCUACUACACGGGUUUCACCUCCUCAGCAAAUUUCACAACUCUCUGCUCACAUGCACCUUCAUAAGCCUAACUCACAGUGUAAUUGUUCCGACCCAUCUCAUCAACAUUCACGUACUUCUUCUGGCAUUCGUACUAACACCAAAUCGCGUUCGUCACGUCUCAGUGAACAUCCACCCAUCAGUUCUGUUGUACCUUUAUCUGUACCAUCCACUUCGACAUCUGUAACUCCUACUCCGGCUUCGCCUCCCCCUAUCGCUCCACCCCCGACCCCUGUCGAUUCUCCAUCAAUAUCUAACUUUAUUCCCUCUCCAACUGGCACUCAUGAUAUACCCGAAGGCACUUCUCAGCAUCGUACACUCCCUCCUUUACAAACUCCGGCUGAUGCACCAUUGCCGCCUCCAAUUUCCAUCAAGAUCGCUGACCUAGGAAAUGCUACUCCGUCCAAAAAGCAUUUCACGGAGGAUAUUCAAACACGUCAAUAUCGCGCCCCUGAGGCUAUACUUGGUCGCCGUGAUUGGGAUGCUAGGGCAGAUAUUUGGAGUGUUGCUUGCGUGAUCUUCGAGUUACUGACAGCGGAAUUCCUUUUCGACCCACAAGGUCAAGGAGAACUUUUUACAAAGGAUGACGACCAUAUGGCACAGAUCAUUGAAUUGUUGGGUGAUUUUCCUUUGGAGGUCAAAAUGGGUGGUAAGUACAGUCGUGAAUUGUUCGAUCACACAGGUGCACUUCGCUAUAUCCGAACUCUCAAACAUUGGCCCCUCAAGCGAGUAAUGAUCGAGAAAUAUCUGUUUUCGGAAGCUGAUGCAACUAUCCUCUGUGAUUUCUUGGAACCCAUGCUGGCUGUGGAUAUGCGAGAACGCAAGUCUGCACGUGAAAUGAAGAACCACAAAUGGUUGGAACCCACACUGGAGGAUGGAAUUGUGACCGAGUGGUAG